UUCAGGCUUUAAAGUUGGUGUUGUCGUUGUGCGUAAGUGUAUCGGCGGUCCGGUCUACAUAAGUUAAAAUGUUUUAAUAGCUUUCUGUGUAAUAAUAUAAAUAUAAUUACUGUUUACAAAUCGUCCGAGACAAAAUGAAUAAAAUAAGUUAUCUGUUAAUGAACCCUUUUUCUACGCUCACGCUCGAGGACAAAAUUUUAAUCAAAAAACUUGGAAGACCGCUUCCCGAUUUAGAAAUCACACAAACGCAGAAGGCGUCCACCUCUAGUCCGUCAAGCUUCAAAGGCCGUGUAAGGAAGUUUAAUUGGAAUGUAUAUUUAAAAAAUAACUGGAUUUGUGGAUGCGAUCAAAAAAAUGCGUUUUUUUGUUUCGUGUGUGUUUUAUUUGGUGGCGAUUCUACGUGGACGAUGCAUGGUAUCACUGAUUUAGUACAUAUUUAUGAGAAAAUUAAAUCACAUGAAAACAGUAAGUUACAUAUUAAUAAUAUUUUUAGUUUUUCUUUGGUCGGACAAUCAAAUAUAAUGACUCAAUUAAGCUUGGCUCAUAGACAAAAUAUUAUUGAACACAACCAAGAAGUUGAUAAAAACAGAUAUAUUUUAAACAUACUUAUAAACUGUAUAAGAUUUUGUGGUGCAUUAGAAUUAGCAGGCCAUGAUGAAACCGAUGAAUCUAAAAAUAAAGGAGUGUUCCGAGAAUUGAUAGAUUUUAGUUCUCAAUUAGAUACAGAUUUAAAGGAACAUUUCAACAAAGCUAAAGUAUUUAAAGGGACUUCUAAGACCAUACAGAACGAAUUAUUGGACUGCAUGCUUGAUGUUUACCACGAAGAAGUGACUAAAGAAAUAAAAAAAACUAAUUAUGUAGCUGUAAUUGCCGACGAAACUACCGAUGUCGCUAACGAAUUUCAAUUAGUCUUUAUUCUACGAUACAUUGUCUCUAAUAAGCCAGUAGAAAGAUUUUGGAAAUUUUUAAAUCCUCCCGGACACAAUGCCAGUUCAAUAGCAAAUUGCAUUUUAAAUGAAAUUGAUCCUUUAAUAAGUGAUACACCAAAUAAGUUGAUCGCACAAAGUUAUGACGGAGCGUCAGUCAUGAGCGGAGGUGUAAAUAGGGUACAAAAAAUAAUUCAUGAUAAAUAUUCUUAUGCAAAUUAUGUACAUUGCUAUGCACAUCAUAUUAACCGUAUAAUGAGUAAUGCGGCUUCAAAUAAUGCAUCUGUUCGGAUUUUUUUCGCUCAUUUAACUGGAAUGUGUUCUUUUUUUUCUACAUCACCUCAAAGGACAAAACUAUUGGAUGAUAUAGCUCAUAGACGAUUACCACGAUCAUCACAAAAGAGAUUGAAUUUUCAAUCACGUGGAGUUUAUACAGUUUAUGAAUACCGAAAUGAGCUGAUACAUGUUAUGGAUAUUUUAGAGAACGAUAAAAAUAUUAAAUUAAAUUCUACGAUUGAGCAAGCCGGUGCAUAUAAACUUAGAUUACAGAACAGAGAUUUCAUAUUUUGGUUAACAAUUUUUCAUAAAAUCAUGCCACAUGUAGAAUUGAUUUUUAAGCAACUACAGACGAUUAAUACCGACCCUAAUAAGGCUAAACAAGAUCUACAAAACUUUGAAAAUGCGAUUCAAAAAAUUCGUGAUGAAAUGGAUAUAACUAUUGACCAACUAGACUCGGAGUUUUUAGAAAACGAAGUUGAACUUGUUCCUCAGAAAAAGCGACGGUAUUCUCAAUCCGAUCUAUCUGUUUCAACAAAUAAAAAAAUAGAAGCCUUGGAAGUUUGUGAUUCCAUUAUACAACAGAUUAAGGCUCGAUUUACUUUUACAGGACAUCUGAUAGCUACCGCAUUAUUAAUGAAAGAACAUUUUGUCGAAUACCAAAAAAUCUUUCCUGAAAAAUUGCUCUCUGAUACAAUUAAAGUAUAUCCAUUUCUAGAAAAAAAUCGUCUAAAAAUAGAACUGCAAGUACUAUAUGAAAGAGAAGAAUUACAAACCAUUUCUGAAGCCGUUACUCUUUUAUCAUUACUUUCACAGGAAGAUAUGAGGGACACAUUUCAAGAAACUAUUAAACUACUGGAAGUUUUAGUGACAAUACCUAUGUCGACAUCCGAAGCUGAGAGGUGUUUCUCUAUAUUAGAGAGGAUAAAAACUUUUUUACUCAAAUCAAAGAAAGAAGAAAGACUAAGUGCAUUGGGAAUGUUAUCAGCUGAAAAAGUGUUCCUCAAUAACAUUAAAGACUUUAAUGAACGAGUUAUUGAACUGUUCGCUAGUAAAACAGAACGAGGACUAGAUUUCAAAUACUGUUCAGUGUAAAAUCUUCAUUUUACUGUAUAGUUUUAUAGGAUAACAAAUUACUAUUCAAUAAUAAUUCUG